AUGCUUUCUGGCCAGCUUCAAGGGAUUAUUCAGGCCAUUUUUAACAGGGUGAUUGACAUUGAGACGCAACUCAAACACGUGCAACUUAUACAGGCCUUGAAGAAGAGCAGGGGAAGCAAUGAGGAAGAAGAUAAUGAGGAAGAAGAUAAUGAGGAAAAAGAUAAUGAGGAAGAAGAUGGUGAAGAUGAGGAUAAAGAAGAUGAGGAUAACAGUGACAAUGGCAAUGAUGCGGACUGGGACCUUUUCCUGGAUGGAAUGUGGGAUGCUGUGGUCCAGACUGCAUAUGAUCAUUAUGACCACUUUGUCAAUAACCCUGUUGUGCAAGAUAAACUCCCAGCCAAGAAGGCCAGAUUUCAUGCUGGAAAAUAA